CGUGUUGUUUCAGUUGUUGCUUCAUCUAUAGCAAGACAUUUUCCUUCCUCUAGUGCUCCAAAUUUUUCUUCAGCUGACCCUCCACAAAUCCAUUCUGAUAUUGUGGAUAUUGAUCCAAUAGUUGCUGCAUCAGUUUCUUCACCUCUUCAUCCCACUCUUUCUUCACCUAAACCUCUAUCUCAAAUUUUUUAUGAUUCUUUGUCUAUUCCAACUACAGUCUCACCGGCAGUAUCUUCAUCUCCUUCAUCUGAAAUCUUGAAAAGGGAAAACUGUGAUUUUUCUCUAAGAAAAGAGCAAAAGAACUUGAAAGCUGUAUCAGAAAAUGAGGAGAAUUCUGACAUUUCGUCUGGCUAUGAUCAUAUAAAAGACAUAACACAUUAUUUGAAAUUUAUUGAAAAAAAUAAGUUGAUUUCUAAUGACACAGCUGAAAUGGUCCUAAAAGAUCUGAAUAAAGCUAUCAAAGGGAAAUUUCCAGGAAGUACCAUUAGUCUGUAUGGAUCUUAUUCUUGUGACCUUGCAGUGAGUACAUCUAAUAUAAACUUUGCAUUGCAAACAAAGUGUAAAGUUCAAAAUUCGUUAUUACUAGAAAUAAAGAAGUGUCUUUCCAGAGAACUAGAAAAAUAUGAUGUUUUGCCUUUUGACGAAGCAGCAUUUGUAAAAAAAUCAAAGAUCUGUGUCAUAGAACCUUACACUGGUAUGGUAUGUGAGCUGAUGUACUUAGGAAGAAGUGAAGAGAAUGCUCAUAAAAUUGCAAGCUUAUUGAAAUCAUUAUGUGCCUUUGACCAUAGAAUAAAGACAUUGUUUAUUGCUGCGAGAAUCUGGGCAGAGGUAUGUUCAAUACUUGAAGCUGAAGAUGGGAAGCUUCCCCCUAUAGCAUUUUCUGUGAUGAUAAUACACUUUUUGCAGCAGCUUGAAAAGCCACUUUUACCAAUAAUAGAUAUUUUUAUGGAAAGCUGGGGGCUCAAAAAUCACCAAAAAUUAAAUACUUCUACAUUAGGUGAGUUAUGGUUAGAAUUUUUAAAUUAUUACCAAACUUUUAAUUGGGAAGACCAUGUUGUAUCUGUUCUUCAGAAACAUCCUGUUCUGAAAAGCUCAAAAUCUUGGAAUACAUGGAUUGCUGUUGAAGAUCCUUUUAGUCAAAAGAAUAUUGCUGAGUCUGUUAAUAGUUCUGAUGUAGCUAAUUUGAUAAAAUCCUGUUUUGCAAAGUUUUAUGGCUAUUUUUCAUUACCUCCUAAUGUACAAGUUGAUGGUGAUUCUCUUGAAAACCGAGAAGGGAAAAGGCGGUAUUCUUUUAGUUCCUGUGAUUUACAGUGUGCAUCAACAUGCGAAAGAUGUGAAAACCUUGGAAAGACAUGUGAGGGAUGCUUAAUGUCUCCUACAUUAGCGAUAGAAGAAUUGCCAGAAUUAAGUCCAUCUUCAAUGGAAAAAGUGGAUCGUGUUUUGCUGGAAGUUUAUGAAAACUACAUUCUUCCAGAGAAAAAAAUAGUUCAAAGAAAGGCUUUUGUUCAGAAUUUAGAAGUUUAUGUGAAAAAAGUCUUUCGUUAUGCUCAACUGACACUUUUUGGAUCAUCAGCAAAUGGAUUUGGAUUCAAAGCUAGUGAUUUGGAUAUUUGCAUGAUUUUAAAAAACAGAAGGAAAGAGAACACCAGUCCUCGACAAAUCCUUAUGAUUCUUAGAAACCAUCUGCGAAGAAAUAAGGAGUUUAAGAAUAUACUGGUUGUAUGGAGAGCACAAAUACCAAUUAUCAAAUUUUACUGCAUUCCUAGUAGAUUUAGAUGUGAAAUCAGUUUGUAUAAUAUAUUGGCUGUUCAUAAUUCUGUACUUCUUCACACUUAUAGCUUACUUGAUGACCGUUGUAAAAUUCUGGGAUGUGCCUUGAAACUUCUGGCGAAAAAAGCUUCUAUAGCUGAAACGGUUUCUAGAACAUUGUCAUCAUAUUCAUAUAUAUUAAUGGUUAUUCAUUAUUUACAACAAGUCAAACCUCCAGUCUUACCAGUUUUACGCAUUCUAGAUCAAAAUGUCUUUGAAGAGAGUUUGGAUAUACCCACUGAAAUUGCUGAGAAAAAUGAUUGGUUAUGCAAAGAUACCCAAACAUUGAAAACACUAUUUAAUAAAGAAUCAAGAAAUGAAUCAUCUGUUGGUCAGUUGUGGCUUGGACUUCUAAAAUUCUAUAUUCAAAUUAAGUCUGAUUAUGUGAUAAGUAUUAGACAAAAAGAAGCAGUGCCUAUUUCAGAAUUGCCAAAAUCAUCUUCUCUAUAUAAUAUUCAAGAUCCAUUCCUUUAUAAAAAUUUAGGCUGUAUUGUAUCCGAAAACAAAGCUUCAACUAUUUGGGCAACACUGAAUAGAGCAAGAUCUUUAUUUGGAAAAGAAAUUCCCAGUUCUGUUAAAGAUUUGAAAGCUUAUUAUUUUGCCAGCAUGAACUUGACUGGGAAAUUUAUUUCUGAUGAAGAGUGUGAAUUGUGUGGAAAAUUUGGCCAUAGCAAAAAUAACUGCCCAAAUAAUUAACACAUGAAAUAAGGAAGUGAUAGACAUAUCAUUGAAAAUUCAUAUCAUUGAAUGCAGUUAUUGUUAAAUUUACUCAGUGCUAUUUUAAAGUGUUCUUGCUUUUAGACAUUGAGAAAGUGUAUAUUUUUAUUAUAUUUGACCUUUUAGUUGUGAUCAUUAUUAUCUCUGUUAUUAUCAUUGUAAAGUUUAAAAAAAUUCUUUUAUAUAUAUGUAAUUUAUUUAAUAUAUGUAAACAUUUGAUUUUACUUAUAUAUAUAUAUUUACUUAUAUAUAAUAAUUAUAUAUGCAUUUUACCUCAAAAAAACCAUCACAUAGCCGUAUCAGAUCAAAAAUCAUGAAUUAUGGGUCUGAAAAUUUUUUUUAUACUCAUAGAAAUAAGAAUAGUUUUCAAAAUUUGUACCUAUUGUUUUAAAACAAUGACAUAUAAUUAUAAUUAUAUAAUUAUAAUAUAAUUACAUAUAAUUAUACAUUAUAAUUUUUUUAAUAUUUUUUAUAAAUUAACUGUUAUGUCUUUUUUACAUUGUUUUUAUUCAAACUCAUUUCAUAUAAUAAUAUGCAUAAUGCUUGUUUACUUUGCUAUUAUUUUGACUGUGGCUAAAGUUAAGGACAUUUAGUGAUAUCUGAGACUUUUAGAGAUUAAAUAUUUAUAUGUUUUAUCUAUUUAGAAACAGUUUAGUAUAAUAGUAUUUUUAAUUUCUUGUGCCAGUUGUUGACAGAUUUCCUGCUUAAAAAUGGUGCAGUGCAUUCAGAAAAAUCUUCGUAUGUCCACAUACACAUCUCUUAAAAGUCGUUUUAAUACCUUUCAAGGAGCUACUUUAUAAAAUGUAUCAUACUCUCUAUAUUUAUGUGGUCUAGCCUAUAUAUGUGAGGGAAAAAAUUUCUACUAAUACUAUUAUUUGACCAAAUGAAACAAUCUGAUAUAUUCAACUAAAUUCACAAUAGAUUUCGUAGACUCAUUAUAAAAAAUUCAAGUUAGUUUAUUUUGUACUGCUUGUUAUAGUCAGGUGUAUAAUUCAUUUAGCUCAAACAAGUUGAAUUUUUUUUUUAAUUGUUCAUUAUUUGAAAUUUCACAAUAUGUAACUACACAGACUAUUUAAAUUUCUGUUCAAAGUUCUGUCACCAUGUACAGAUGUAAGAAACAUAUUUUUUUUUCCUAAAGUUGAAAUUUAGAAUUAGUAUUUGAAAAUUAAUAUUGAAAUCACAAAUAAUAAUUAUCAUUUCUAUGGGAAGAUGUGAAAUUGUGCUUACAUCACUUAUCUAAUUUAAAGAUAAAAAGCUAAAUUUUGUGACAAAUAUACAUAUUAAAUGUCUUUAUUUACUAGUCAUUAUAAAAUCAUAUAAUCUUAUAUGUUAUAAAGCUAAUAUAUUUAUGAGCAGGUUGCAGAGAUCAAGAAAGAGAUUAUGUUGAAUAUGUAUGUAUAUGAUUAACAAUUAAUUUGUAAUAUUUUGAUAUCAUAGUUAUAUUUCUUGACAUAACUGAGUGAAGAAUUUAUAAUUAUUCAAUGUGAAUGCUCUUAUUUUUUGUAACUAUGUGAUUUUUUAUAUCUUUUGAAAAUGAUUGUGGAGAUCUUACCAAAAAUUUACCUAAAAGUGUGCAUGUAAUAAAUGAAAGAUCAUGUGCAGAGUUAAAUACAUUUAUAUCUUAUAGGCAUAACUUUACCUGCUAAAUAAAUUGUUAAUAUUAUUUUGUGUGUGCAUUGUAAACAUAAGAUUUUAAUGUUUUUAAAAAUUUAAAUAAAUAUAUUCUGAUUUAUA